CAAAGAUUUUCAUCCCCUCUCUCUUCCUCUCCUUUUUCUUUUCGACCACCAAGAUUAAAAGCAGUUCGUUUAGACACAGAUUAUUAUAUCUGCAUUUUCAAACCAUAAGCGUCGUCAUGUUCACAGAAGAACAAGUUAACACAGCUCUUUUAGAGCUCAAGGACCCAGAUGUUGCCAGCUGGGAACUCUUCACUGAAGCCUCAAACUUUAAAGUCUUUCGCCGUACGGUAGCGAAGAGUGCGCUCAAGGAAUACAAAGUACUCGGAACAUACCCUGAUCUUCCUGUUCGGUACCUUCUUCGUGCAUAUACUGACUUGGAGCAUCGCAAAAGCUGGGACAAGAACAUGGCCAACUGGAAACAACUAGAUGCAAAUCGACUGCAUUUUACAAGUAAAUUUCCUUGGCCACUCUCGCCUCGCGAUUAUGUCUAUGAACUCGGGAUUCAGGAAUAUGGCAAUGGUGUAGUCUGUAUCAAUGGCAAGAGCGUAGAAGAUCCGGCUAUGCCUGAAAAGCCUGGUACUGUCCGUGUGGAUGAAUAUCGACAGGAUGUGGUGAUUCAGCCUACAGAGGAUGGUCGAGGAUGCCGUAUCUGGUUUGCAUACUUUGACAACCCCAAGGGAAACAUCCCUUCCAGCAUUGUCAAUUGGGCAGCCAAGUCUGGAGUACCAUCGUUCCUAAAUGCAUUACGAAAUGCAGGUCAUAGUCUUAUGAAGCAAGAUGCCGAGACAGGACGAAGUGAAAAAACACAGCCUCUUUCAGCGCUUGAGACCCCUUCAAUUGGAGUAGACUGUUGACAGAAAAGACGACAACGG